AUGAUCGCGCGUGACCGCGUUUGGAGGGUGAACGCGCAUCUACGCGCACUUGCUUCCCGCCAACACCCUCUCAGCAUCUUCGGUCUGAGUUGGGCUCCCCAUUUCGGACGAUCUCUUCUGUCAUCACAUAUACCGAUCUCCUCGACCGAAACUUGUCGCCCACCCUCGACGUGCCUUGAUGAUCUCUUCUACCACGGUGCUAUCGAUGGUCUGAGGCGACUUGAAGUCGGUCGGAUUUUGCUAACAUAUCUCAUGUUGAUUGCUGCGCGCGCUACUUUUCGCACUUGGGCUCUCACUUGCAUCGGCGCAAUGAGCGGCCCUGGCCGCCCGCGCGCACAGCUUGAGCCUUCGAAGCGGACACUCACCAAUGGUGCCGUACAGCUCAACAUUAGUGCUUCUGGUUCUAGGAUCCCUCUUCGUGCUGUUCGCGCUUCUGCACGCCCGUCAUCUGGCUCACUGCCUCCGGCUAGUCAGACGACGCAGCCAUGGGGCAUCAAUGCGCAACGGCUGACGAACUGGCAGCUGCACCAGAAGCAGAUGCAGUCCGAAGCAAGUGUCGCAGAAGCCCUCCGCCGUUCUCAUGAGCAACGCGAACGAUUCGCGGCUGCUCUCAUCAGCUUGGGUUUCCCUCCCGAUGUCGCCGAGGAGGGCGCCUUCGACGGCUUUCAUCUAUUCGGCGACGACGACUACUUCGACCCCACGCCUCUUGUAUGGGACGACGAGAUGUGGGACAAGCUCGAAGAUGACCCCAUCAUCGCGCUUAUGGAUGCUGUAGGCCUGGGUAGCAGGAAAAAGGAGAAACGUCUCCUUGGGUGGUUGUCCGGCAAUGCGAAGGUUCGCCGGGUUCCUCAGUCUCGACGGCAGCGUCGCGAGAACGCAGAGAGAUCCUGGCAGACCUCGCUUCCACAUCUGACCGCACCGUUCCUCGCAUGGACCGCUACCCGCACAACAGUCCCUCCGGCUGCUGAUGCCGAUCGCAGCAAGAUACUCGAGGGCGUUGAGCUCAUGAAGCCCGCGUAUGUGCUGACCGUGACUGCUCUUCAUCAGAAUGUGGGUUGUGAGACUGCUGUCAAGAUCAAUGUCGCAAAGGGCGAGGACGUGAACGUCGCGCUUAUGCGCCACGGCUACAUUGGAGCAACGCCCGUCGCGCCCGUCUUCGCUUUUCAUCUCGACAUGUUGAAACAUGCUCAUUCUGGGCGAAAGGCGAUGCCUGGCGCGGGUAUGCAAGGCUUAUUCCGGCAGCAUUGUGAUUUCCAUGGUAUUCAGUACACCCAUGGACUACAGCUCGGGUUCAGGCAGGCGUUCGACAUAUACCUCGAAGUCCUAGCCAAUGUCGAUGCUAAGAUCGACGCGGCUUUAGGUCGGGGAGAAGACUUCCAGGCGAAGAUGGGUUGUCCCGCCUGUGGCAACGAGGCCGCUGAUGCGUCAUAUUCUGGUGAGAAGCCCUCUGGCCCUCGGCGCUAUCAUGCUGUCGACGGGUGCGAUUCCCACAAGCGCAUGAGAGGCGCUGGUCGUGCAGACGAACGUGAACAUCGGUCCAAGAUCUUCCUCCCUCGCACUUUCGUCGAUCGUUUCAAGGACGAGAUUCUGCGCCGCAAGAACAACGCUCGCCGCGCUGCGGGUGCCGCCGGCCCUGACGAGCCUGCAGGCGAGGACGACUUCGAGGUCGAUGAAGCUGGCUUCGUCCGUUUCGACUACGAUCCGUGCGCCGACACUUGGAAGGCCGCGAACGGGAAAGAGAUGCCGCCCGCGACAAAGGAGGCCCUUGACCAGUCUGGCGUCUUUCUCGUUGUAUGCCGUCAUGGGAUAGUUGAGGUUGUAAUCGAGAUGGUCCAAUCUGGCGAGCUCGCGAAGUACGGCCUGGCCGCCUCUCGAUGGAUCCUUGAUACCUAUGGGAUCAACCAGCUUCUCGCCUACGACAUUGGCUGCGUCUUCAAGGGUACGCUUGGCCGUAGCUCGAUUGGCGACGACGCUGCGAAGAUGGGCAUGCAGGUUAUCGUCGACGCGUUCCAUUGUUGGGCGCACAAGCGCACCUGCCAGCUCAUGUUUCACCCGCUCUACAGGCCCCAGGUCAUGGGCCUCGAGACGAUGUCAACCUGCGAGCAAGUCUUCUCGGUUCUCAACUCGUGCGCUCAUAUCACACGCAACAUGUCCGGCUAUCGUUGGAAGCAGGCUAUGGAUAUGCAUAUCCGCAAAUCCAACGAUGACCGCUACGCUGCAGCCGGUACCUUCCUCUUGCAAAACAUCAAGCAGGCGCAUCGUAUCAUCGUCGAGAAUAUCGGUGCCGUGAAUCUCUUUCUGGAGCGCCCAGGCGUCUCUGAGGAGGCGAUUCGAUCUUGGAUCAAGGAAGAGCUGGAGUUCCUCAAGACGACGACGCGCAAGGAGCCCGAGGAGCAGACGGUGCUCGUUGAGUACGCUAAGAGCCUCGAGAAGCUGUGGGAGGCAGACGAAAAGGCGGCCGAUACUGCACGUCAGGCCGCCGACCAUGCCAAGAUCAUGAGCGACCCACAACUGCGCGCCACGGUGCCCGACGCGACGCUCAAGCGCGGACGACUUGUGCGCGAUUUAGCCGCCGCCGAGCGCGCCGCCGAUCGCUGCCGAACGUCCGUCGAACAUUGGGAGGGUGUUCUCGACAUCACGGAGGCCGAGCGAUGGAACAAGUCGACUCCGGAGUAUGAGAAGACGGCUGACUACAUACGCAACAAGAAGUUCGUCCGAGCCGCAGAGGCAGUACGGGGCGCUGUCAUCUCUAGGAUGAUGGAGCUCGAAAAGCUUCACGCCUGUGGCAUCAGCUACAAGAUGCGGGUCCACAUCUCGACCGCUCUAUCUCGCCGUACUCGCACACUUAAGAAUAGCAUCGACACAUACAACGGCCUCGCCCCAAAGCACGACGCGCCGACCAUCCAGUACGAGGAGAUCAUCAAGAUGACCGACGUCGCCGAAUUCGACCGCAUCAUAGCCGGAGUACACAACCUCGAAGGCAGGCUUUGGGCGCGCUCCGAGUUUCACGAAGCCGCAAACCUCUGGUGGAAGGUGGAAGGUGCUCAGGCCGAGCUCAAGCGUUGCUUCGCGGAGGCCUGGCGACUUCAGGACUGGGUUGAUCGGGAGGACAAGCAGCUCGACGACACUGUACGUGAGCUUCGCCUCACCGAUCCCCAUCUUGCGUCCUAUCUGGACAGCUAUCGUUACCGUCGGCUCGCCGUGAACGACGCCAUUCGCGGACGGUUGGAGGAGAUCUACAAGCAGCCGGGCUGUCCGACCCCACGGCCCUCCCGUACAGUCCCUGCAAAGCGCAAGGCCGGUACUUUUUUGGAUCCAGACUCUCCUGCUCUGCGUACAGAGCCCCAACCUAUGGACGUAGACGGUGGCGCGAACACUCAGACGGGAGACGACGAUGAUAGUGACGACUCGGAGAAUGAGGAGGAUGGGCCGGUGGAGAAGCUUGCAGGGGUGUUGCGGAAGAAUAUGGAUAUAUGA